AAAGCCAUGUUUCUGACACCACACAUACCACCUCCAAGCUCUUCUGCCCUGGUACCUUCUGGCCCCUUGUCACGGGCGUAGCUUUCUUAGUCGCCAUAUUCUUGCACGCCCCUACAACAUCACAAUUCAAUGCCGCAAAGCUCUACAGGCAGAUUCGAUACUCAUCACCAAACCCGCAUUCAUUAACCGAUGAUGCAAAACCCUAAUCCCAUGAACCUUGAAACCAACACACCCCGGGUACAGAUGCUAAUCCGUAAAUCCUAAAUGCUAGACUCAAAACCGUGGGUGCCUUUCAUGGUCAUAGAAUCCACUGGUGACGAUAAUGUGUUUAGGGUUGAAGGGUUUUUGUAGAGCUUUGAACGACGUCUGAGAGCACCAAGUGAUUGAGAGCUUAGAGUCUGUUUUCGAGGGUUUUCAAGGACCCAUGCUUGCGCGAACGAGGAGCAGGGAAUUUUAGUUGGACUUUUCAUUUUGCUCCUCCUGUGCCUUGUUCAUGGGAAGUAUGUGUUAGACGAAUCAACUGUAAUGGGUGUGUUUGUUGAAGUGAGGCUCCUUGCAGUUGGAAGCUUCCAGAGCGAUGUUGGAUUCGCUGGGAGAAAUGUAUUACUUAUUUAAUCACAGGAUCUCGACCCUAUUGGAGACAGCGGGAGAUUUUCGAAUAGGAACAAGUGAAUACACGUCGAACGGAAUUAACCUAAUGAGGCUGUUUGUUUCUUGAUAACUAGUCCUUUCUUUUUGAGUAUUAAUUUCAAUUCCUUAUUGGAUCAGCACCGCCGUUGCCUUCGCCAGGGCUUAGUUAGCGAAGGUCGAAUUGUUGGUUUCGAAAUGGAGGGUAUCGAUGAGGAGUCUUCGUCAGCAGGGGCAUACUACAGUCAGGACUUUGAGUGGGAAGCUCUGCGUGAUGAAAUCAAGCGCAUGCUUGAAGCCUCAGACCAACAUGAUCACCUGAAUGUGGAUUUACGCGAGUCUUUGCUGGCAUCUAAGGAGGAAUGCAGUCCACCGUCGGUUUUGGGGACAGUCGAGGAGGGUCUGAACAUCUGUGGGAACAGAGAGGAGGGUCUGAACAUCUGUGGGAACAGAGAGGAGGGUCUGAACAUCUGUGGGAACAGAGAGGAGUCCCCUUCGACAUCUACUUCAUGGGAAACUUUCCACUCACGCCAUUCGCGAAAUCUCUUUUUCAAAGAACGGCGAUAUCUAACAAAGGAGUUCCCAGACCUGUGCCAACCCGGCAAAUCUCUGCUUGUUUUGGAAGUCGGAUGUGGGACAGGCAGUUCCGUAAUUCCAAUCAUUAGAGCUAAUAAGCAGGCCACUGUUUUCGCGUGCGAUUGUAGCCCUGCAGCUUUGAGAAAAGCGGCUGAAGUUGUAACUGGUGCUGGUGAAUCAUCGGCCUCCUCCUUCUAUCCCUUCCUUUGUGACAUCUCCACAAGUAAGCUUCCAGAUUUUCUCCGCUGCUCCGCGUGUCGUCAGAAAUAUCAUCAGUCCAAGGAAAUCGGUGCAGAGGCGAAUGGCACUUCAGAAUCUCAGAACCACUUUAGUAGUAAAGGAAUUGAAAACGGGGCAGGGACUAAUGCUUCACACAGCGGUGGUGGUGGUGGUUCAGGGUUAAGGAGUCUUCACAGCCAUCCCUCUGUAGAUUGCUGCAUAGAAGGACUAGACAUUGUAACAAUGAUUUUCACUUUAUCUGCAAUCCCAGUGGAGAAAAUGGCUCAUGUCUUGUCGGAGUGCUUUGAGGUGUUGAAACCCGGAGGUUUAUUGCUCUUUCGAGAUUAUGGUCUGUAUGACAUGACAAUGUUACGAUUUGCUCCCAGGCAACACAUUUCUAGCUGUCUCUACCAACGAGAAGAUGGAACAUUGUCGUAUUUUUUUUCUCUCGAAGUGGUUAGGAGCCUUUUUACUCAGGCGGGCUUUGUGGAGCAAGAGCUGGAGUAUUGCUGUGUGCUGUUGACGAAUCGACGAAAACAAGUCCCCAUGAAACGUGUUUGGGUACACGCUAAAUUUCACAAACCAAUUCAGGUAUAAGCAUUUUGUUGUUUUAAGUUACUAGAUGCAAGCACAUGCCAGGUAGUUACACUUCGCGAGUUCCAGGAUUCCGCAGCUUUUAGGUACCACACCAAAAGGGGCUGUCGACUUGUUUUCCAAUCCGAGAAUGGAUUAUUGCCAUUUGAAUAUGAUAUAAAGCAUUCAGAACUGAAAUUUCCAAUGUUCGACAUCUUUCCAAUACGUAUUGGAAAGAUGCCGAACAAAUGUACGCAAACAAGUAAACUACAACCAGGGAGAUGUUCAUGGAAAUUUUCUGUGUGGUUCGAACCAGGA